AUGAAACUAGAACGAAAUGUUUCGCGAAAAUUUUGGGAAACAGUGAGGGAACGCGGUGAGCUGGCAAGAAUGAAGUUGAAGCAAAAGUUUGCAGCCGAAGUGAAUGGACUGCGCGGGAUUCAACGACGACUGGAAGAAAAAAGGAAGGAGGAACAUCUGCGAGCAUUGCAGUACCAUGACGAACUUGAAGCAAUGAAAAAACGCGUAAUGAGUCGGGCACUGAUUGUCGAACAACAAGAAAUGCUCAUCAGAAAACAACAGUUUGAGCGAAAAUACAGCGAAACCAUGUCACGAGCAAAAACUGCGACGCAGAAGAAAGCUAAUUUUCAGAAGCACUUAAUUUCCGAACUACCCGAACGAUAUGAAGGAACAGGUGUCCGGGAAGCUGUCGCCCACAUCGGCAGCACAUUUGCAUCGGAUAAUGGAGAUGCAGCAGAAGAAUUCGGAAAUGAUAAAAAUCAAAAUGAUCAUGAAGAUGACAGGAGCAAUGAUGGUGAUGAUGAUGUUUAUAGCGAAAGUGAUGAUACUGACGAAGAUGAAGAUGAUGAAGGGACAACGGCAGACUCUUCGGAAGAACAUCUUUCCAAAAUCUCGGAGCGGACAGAAAAAUCGUCAAUUUCUUAG